GUGAACAAUCUCCGCAUCUGCUUUUCUAUUGAAACAUUUAUUCUUUGUCCCAGUCACUGCCCCCAUCUUCUGUGAAGUCAGACUAACAGUAUGUAUGUAUCUCUCUAAAUAAUUACGUUGUUCAUCCCUGAUAUGGCUGGUCAUCUGUUUUUGCUCAUCCUCCUUUUCGAUACCUUCCAGUACCUCGAAGCCAAAGAUCUUCCUCAGCCCAGUCUAACAGUGAUUCCUGCAGUCAUCAAAGAGAGAGACUCAGUUCAGCUGAACUGUCAGACUCCUCCAUCUGUCUCUGAGUGUUACUUCAAAAUGGGAGGGCAAGUGGAAUUCACCCUACCAUCACCCUGUCAACAGACACUCACAGGAACACUACUGGUGAAGUGGACAGGUCAGAGUUCACCAGCUGAGGUCAAAAUACAAUGUCAGUACAGUGCUACAGGUUCACAGUUUAGAUCCAUAUACAGUGAGCCGUCAACAGUCACAAUUCAGGACAUUCCUCAGCUGACAGUGAGUUCUACAGUCAUCAGAGAGACAGAAUCAGUUCAGCUGAGUUGUGAGACUCCUCCCUCUCUCCCUGUGUCUCACUGUUACUUCUACAUGGGGGGGGAGAAGAUUCCAGACUCAUCGUGUAUGCAGACAAUAACAGGAACUGAGCUGCUGAAGAGGUCUGGUCCAACAUUUCCAGCUGUGAUCAAAGUGACAUGUUACUACACUGUAAGGGAGUCUCACACAUCUCCUUUAAGUGACCCUGUCUCAGUCACUGUUCAGGAUCUGGUGGGAGUUCACAUCAGUGAUCCAACAACUAUACAGACACCUUCUAUAGCAGUGGGUUUGACUCCAGGUCCUAGAUCUACUUUGCCUCCCAGCACGACAGAGAGUCCUACAGAAGGUUUGACCUCCCCUUUGACCCCCAGCACGGCAGUGAAUCCUUUAUCAGGGUCGACUGUUUGCUGUACUUUGACCACUGACACCCCAGCCAGUCCAACUGAAAGAGGUCAAAGCUCCACAGAAAGUGUUUUGGAAUUAAACAGUCAAGAAAGCAUGCUGGUGUGGCAAUUAUGGCAGGCAGCAGUGAGUGUGGCUUCUGGAGUGGGCGUACUCCUGGUAGGAUUGACAGCUGUCUGUCUCUGCAGGAGGACCAAGAAAACCAAUUCUCAGAGACCUACAGCCAGACAGGAUGAUCACAGCCAAUAUGAUUUGGUGUCUAUGGGAGCGGUGAGCAGCGGAGUCAUGGUGGAUUCAGGAGAUGCUGGAAUCGAUUCUCAGAUCCCUUCUGUACUGGCCACGUUCAUUCCCUCAGGUCCCGUUGAUGUGGAUACACAGGCAUUUGCAAAUGAACAUUCUGAUACGUACCACGUAUACAGCUCAAUCCCCGACAGACCAGCAACCUCAGCCCAGCCGGAUGGGUUGUACAGCCUUCUGCAGACAAACUGACACUACAACUCUAUGUCUCACACAUCUCACACAAAUACAUUUUUUCUCACACGACAUCCUUUGUUUAUCACACAUCCAUAUACUGUAAAUAAGUUGCUUAACAGGUGAUAUUUCUACUGUAUUACACAUGUUCAACUGGUUUCUGUGACAUAUUUAUCCAUAAUUAUUAUUAUUAUUAUUAUUUUUUUUUGAGGGGUCUGGGUCAUACUCCCCUUUGAGCAUUUUUCUUAUUUCUUCCCCCUAGUAAAUGCUAAAUCUACUGUAAUUAUGUAUAUUAUAUUGACUGUGUGAUACCUCCUUCCAUAACGGUUGGAUACAAUUAAUUUCCUAUUGGGCAAAACAUAAUCCAAAACACAACCAAAACGAACUGCAAAUGCAUCCAACAGGUUUGUUGAGUCAAAAGCUUGAUGUAUUUAUUGGGUGCAAGGAAUAUAGGACCAAAAUACAAAAUGUGUGACUACUUUAAUACACUAUAAAUGAAUUUGUCCAAAUACUUGUGACUUCUUCAAAUGUGGGGACUAUAUAGAUAAAGUGCUUUUAUAUCUAAAUGGUAAAACAUACAAUGCCUUCAGAAAGUCUUCACACCCCUUGACGUUUUCCACAUUUUGUUAUGUUACAGCCUAAAUUUAAAAUGUAUGAAAUUGAGAUUUUUUUGUCACUGGCCUACACACAAUAGCCCAUAUCGGGGUAGAAGGUAAUCCAGUGGUUAGAGCAUUGGACUAGUAACCAAAAGGUUGCAAGAUCAAAUUCCCGAGCUGACAAGGUAAAAAUCUGUUGUUCUGCACCUGAACAAGGCAGUUAACCACUGUUCCUAGGCCGUCAUUGAAAAUAAGAAUUUGUUCUUAACUGACUUGCCUAGUUAAAUAAAGGUAAAAAUAAAAAUAAAUAAUGUCAAAGUGGAAUUACGUAAAAAAAAAGUGUGAAUGAGCAUUCAACCCCUUUGUUUUGGAAAUCCAAAAUAAGUUCAGAAGUAAAAUUUUGCCUAACAAGUCGCAUAAUACGUGUUUAUAAUAGUGUUUAUUAUGAUUUUUUUAUGACUACCUGAUCUCUGUACCCAAAACAUACAAUUAUCUGUAAAGAUGGUCAGUCACGUAGUGAAUUUCAAACACAGAUUCAACCAUGAAAAAUAGGGAGGUUGUCUAAUGCCUCAAAGUACCAUUAUUGUUAAAAAAAGUAGACAUUGAAUAUCCCUUUGAGCAAGAUGAAGUUAUUAAUGACACUUUGGAUGGUGUACCAACAUACCCAGUCACAACAUAGAUACUGGCAUCAUUCUGGAGGAGGCGGGGCCUGGUGUGGGGGGAGGCGACUAACUAACAAACCCGUACACUGCCUCUGAUGCAUGUGGUGAAGCCAGGCCAGCUCAAAGGGCGGGCUUAGCGAGAAAGGAGGAGGAUGAGGAGCCAGGAGAUCUGCAUGUUUGUUUAUCUCGCUCUCUCCAAGCAGUGCAAUUGUUUACACGUGGAAGACGUUUUCUUACUUUAGAAUUGAUUCAAGUGGUAUUGAAUUUGUUUCUUCUUGUUAUUGCAGUCAUUAAUGCAGAUGCUUAAAGGCUUUCUCCUGUGGCAGAAUUGGGAAGGUAAACAGCUGGCAUGUUGAGGAUCCACAUGGCUAGUGACUUUACCCUUUUUUCGCUCUCCUUUUCUCUCCACCCAAAAUCUCUUCCAUUUCUCUCUUUAACCCUAAAAUCUCUCCUUUCUCCCUUUUCUUACUCCCAAUAUGUUCUUUUCCAUGUUUGUCUUCCUCUGUCCCUUUUCUCAAUCACCCCAGUCUUUGCCCAUUUCACCAAACCGCUCUUCUUUCUGGGAGGAUUGAUGUGACUAGCUACAGUGCACUGCUGUGGACAAAAUCUAAUUUAUCACUGUAUCAAGCAAUUGAUAGGUUCUUGACUUAAUUCUAUUCUAUUCUAUUCACGACGUUGGGCCUGAUUGGAUCAGGACUGAGUCAGAAUAUUCUCAGCUUGAAGCCCCGCACUCUUGGCCUGGCCUGUUGGAUCUGCCCCUGCUGAGACUAUAAACUCAUCUAUAAACUGAAUGAACAUACUUGAAGAGCUGUGAAACUGCUCAGUCUUUCAGUGCUUCCGUACCUUUUCUAUUAGUGACAAUGAAAUAUAAACUUUUUAUUUUUUUAAACAAAUAAACAUGCAGUUUUAAAGAUGAAGGAUUGAGUCAACACACCCAGCUUCUAUUUCAACCUCAUGUUUUUGAUGUGUAGAAAAUAUUGCCUAUAUUGACAAGCUA